UUUCAAGUUUGAACCUUAAGUACCCAGGUCCUUCAGAAUCUGGAAAAGUGUAAACUAGUAUUUCAGAUCUUGAUAGGAGAUGGGUUAUAAAGGAUGAAAGGAAGGAACUUCAUUGGAACUGUUGAUGUCAAUUCAAGAGGUGAGCUCUUGUAGUUUGAAAUGCUCGACGAAUCGACAUGGGUUGGAGAACAUAGACGAAAAUGGUGGCACCAGUAUUGGGGCGGAGGGUUUAUGUGCCCCGCCACCCGAAACUCCGACGGAGUCCAUGGAGUUUCUGGCGAGAUCAUGGAGCCUCUCGGCCAUGGAGAUCUCCAAAGCUCUUUCCCACUCACAUGUUGCUUCUAGGAGUCUUGAGAAUAAGUCAGCAUUCUCUUAUGAUGGUAUUGCUGAAACUCGCCAUUCAAGUUCCAUGCGUUUGAGCGAAUCAUCUCAGCUGCCUGGUGGAGUUAGCCCUCCGAUUUCGCCAAGAAACAGUGAUGAAAUGAAGGAGUUGUUUUUACUACAUCAUGCACUUCAUCCAGAGUUCCUUUCCAGUCAACAACAAUUGAUCAAUAAUGGGCUAUACAAGAGCAUGUUGAGAGGUAAAACAAUGGGGAGAUGGUUAAAAGAUCAAAAGGAGAGAAAGAAGCAAGAAAUGAGAAGCCAAAAUGCCCAGUUGCACGCGGCAGUUUCUGUGGCUGGAGUUGCUGCUUCUGUAGCAGCACUCGCGGCUUCAACUGCAUUGCCUGAAACUGAAACAUCAGCUGCCAGUGCCCGCCACAAAGCAGCAGUAUCCGAGAGGACUGAAAUUUCGACUGCACUAGCAUCUGCAGCGGCUCUGGUAGCUUCACGCUGCAUCGAGAUUGCAGAGGAGAUGGGAGCUGAUCACGACCAUAUUCUAUCAGUUGUCAGUUCUGCAGUUAACGUGAGGACUAAUGGAGACAUCAUGACCUUAACAGCUGGAGCUGCCACAGCUUUACGAGGAGCUGCUACACUUAAGGCAAGGCUACAAAAGGAGUAUGGAGGCACCACUUUUGCACUGGCUGAGGAAAAAUGUGAUGGAAAAGAAUCAAACUCAGCAUUGAACUUUGUCUCAAAAGGAGGGGAACUUCUGAAACGCACAAGGAAAGGUGAUCUCCACUGGAAACACGUUUCUUUCAACACCAACUCAAAUGGGCAGGUUGUAGCCAAAAUGAAAAGCAAACACAUGGCGGGAACAUUUACAAAGAAGAAGAAAUGUGUAGUCUCUGAAGUCUACUGUGACAUAGCAGCGUGGCCAGGAAGGGAGAGGGAAGAUUGCAGCAAACCAAGGGCAUACUUUGGCAUCAAAACAGCUGACAGGACAAUAGAAUUUGAAUGCAGAAGUAAAAGGGACAAGCAUAUGUGGACUGAGGGGAUUCAGAAUAUGUUGAAUUUCAUACCAACAUAA